AUGUCUAUUGUAAUUCAAAAAAAUAUAAAUAAUUUACAGUAUCUUUCAUAAAUUACUACUGAAGAUAUUGAAUAAUUUCUAGUUGAAAGUAGUAGAAUAUAUUUAAAUGAUUAAUAAGAAUAAUUUGCUUAGUAAAAUGGAUUUUCUAUUUUUGCAGUGUCGUCUGCUACCAAGAGAAAUGUUUAAACUCUUAAAUUUAAACUAGCAUAAGCUGCAUACAACCUAGGUCUUUUUAAAAUGGUUAACAUUUAAAUUACUAAAAAUUUAGCUAACAGAAAGAAAACCUUUAUAAAAAAUAAUAGAAUUUCAUCAAGUUUAUAAUGA